AGCUAAAGGAGCAGUGAGAUUCUCUCGAAAAUUUACACUUUCAGAACUAACAGAUCGAUGGCAUUGUCUUCUUUACAAUCCCAUGGUUACAUCUCUAUCUUCAUCAGUCGGAUUUGAGCUCCAAUACGGAGCUCAAUUCCUUCCACAAAGUCAUUAUCAUUCAAUACCAAUCAGAACUCACUACUACACUGCGCGAAAAAGGCGGCGUUUGGAGUUAGAGGAGUCACUUAAGGUCAAUAACAAUGCCAUUGAGGAACAUCUUAAUGUGGAGGAAGAGACUGUGUUUGGAGAAUGUGAUGAUUUUGAUUUUGAGGACAUUGAAAUUUUUCGGAAAACUUUCCCAGACAUUAUGCUAUCCCCUCAUGAUUAUCAACAAGAUGAUUAUCAGACAACAAGGUUUGGUAAUGAUAAUGAUGAUGAUGAUGAUGAUGAUCGAAUGGUGGAUCAAAUGUUAAACAUCAACGAUGAACAGAUUCAUGACUGUUAUGUUACAGACACAUCAACAACAGAACAUGUUAUGCUUCAAGAAGUGUUUCAAGAUCCUCUGUUUCAACAACCUAACACAUGCUUCAAUGAGCCAACAUCACAGUCACAUCAGCAAGUAAUCCUUCAUCAAGCAGAGACUUGGAUUCCUCCAAAUCAAGACUUUCCAAGCAGCGUUAUGUUAUUGUGUGAAUUGGAUCCACAUCCAGAAAUCGUCAACGGUGUUAUCAAUUGUGUUAUAAACCGUGAGUCCGAUGAGAUUCCAGAUAACGAUGAUAUCAACCUGCUACUGUAUAAGUACAAUCAUAAAGCUCGAAACUCGGUUAAUCUUUCAUCAUCAUCAUUGAGGAAGAAUAUGAAACCACCUCUGCCUCCAACCAGAGGAUCAUCGUCACAAGCCAAAGGCAAUGCCGUUAUCAACAGUUAUGGUUUUGGAGAUUGUGCUGUCACAACACAAGCAAGUUGUUCUUCUGCAUCCAGUGCUAGCUUUACCGAGAAACCGACAUCUACUGUUGCUGCAACAACUUCAUCAACUCUACAAAACUCUCCAGAGAAUGAAAUUUGCAAACAGAUAUUGAGUGCAGAGAUGGAUAUAAAUGUUCCAGAGGAGAAUAAUAAUGAAAUUGAGAGUGAUGAAGAUUUGCCUUCCUUUUCAGAUCUUGAAGCUAUGAUUCUUGACAUGGACCUUGAACCGAUUGGUCAAGACCAGUACGAGUUGGAAGCUUCAAGAUAUCGAAACGAGGAAAUGACGCGAAUGAUAAUGAGAUUAGAGCAGAGUGCUGAAUCUUACAUGAACCGCGACAUCGCUUCUCAUGGAGCUUUCGCUCUUCUGUAUGGAAGCUCUAAGCAUUACAUCAAGAAAACAGAGGUGUUACUUGGAAGAGCAACAGGAGAAUAUCCAGUAGAUAUCGACUUAGGAAGAUCAGGUUCUGAAACAAGAUUCUCUCGACGACAGGCUCUAAUAAAGUUGAAGCAAGACGGAUGUUUUGAAAUCAAGAAUCUUGGGAAGUUUUCGAUAUGGAUGAACGAAAAAGAAAUUAGUCAUGGAGAAGUUGUCAUUCUGAAGAACAGUUGCUUAAUCCAGAUACGAGAGAAGUCGUUCAUAUUCGAGACGAAUGAGAAAGCAGUCAAAAGAUAUUUAGAUGGAAUUCACAAAUGAGUUUAUAUAUAUAUUAUAAACGUAGUAGAGGUUU